AUGCCACAUAAGCCUGUCUGUCCCUAUAUUCGAGGCUGUCAACUCGAACACUUCUACUUUACCCACAAGGCCCUUGACUCUGACAUCCUGAAAUGCUUUACUGGACAUGACCUUGCCUUGAUGGCGCUUUGCAAGCUUUUUGUUGGCGCAAAAUCUAUCACAUGCACGUGUGCCAACUGGGGUGAGAACCUCCUAUCUCUAAAAGCUACUCUUCGAUGGUGGAGAGCAGCCAUGAAGAAUCGAGGCCAUGACGUCGAGUGUGACUUGCAUCAUAUGGAGUACUCACAGGUCUACUCUCUUGAUGACUUCUUAGAUAAGAAUCCACCUACGAAACCUCUCGCUAUCUCGGUCGGAACUCGUCAUGGCGAGGUUGAGGAGCGAGCAUCUGGAUUUAAUAGCCCUUGA